AUUUCCAGCUGUGACCAAACCAAAGUUAUGCCCUGCCCUUCACAUUCACAUGCUUCCAACCAGACCUCAAUCCUUUAACCCUAGUUAAACCUCUAACCACUCGACUCCCACUCCCAUUCUUUCCUUUUUUUAUCUUCUUCCUUCUCAUUGUCUCUCACUCUCUCUCUCUCUAUCUCACUCUGUUCAGUCUCUAGUAAUACAGCUAUAUACACAAUGGAAGCCUUACAGCGGCUUUUUUUCUUGUUCCUUGCUUUCUCUGCACUCAGCACCACCAUUACAGCCCAUAACAUCACCGACAUUCUUUCUGGUUUUCCAGACUACUCUGAGUUCAACAAAUACCUAACCCAAACAAAACUAGCAGAUGAAAUCAACAGUAGGGAGACGAUUACUGUACUCGCUCUCAGCAAUGGGGCUAUGUCUGCCCUCGCUUCCAAACACCCCCUUUCCGUUAUCAAAAAUGCUCUUAGCCUUCUUGUUUUACUUGACUACUAUGAUCCCUCAAAGCUCCACCAGAUCUCUAAAGGCACUACCCUCUCCACCACUCUUUACCAAACUACCGGAAACGCCCCUGGCAAUUUAGGCUUCGUCAACAUCACUGAUCUCCAAGGCGGAAAGGUCGGCUUUGGUUCCGCUGCUCCUGGCUCUAAGCUUGAUUCCUCAUACACCAAGUCCGUUAAGCAAAUCCCUUACAACAUCUCUGUAAUCGAGGUCAGCGCUCCCAUUGUUGCUCCAGGGAUCUUCACUGCUCCGGCACCGUCACCCUCCGAUGUUAACAUAACUGGCUUGCUUGAAAAGGCUGGUUGCAAAACUUUUGCUGGUUUGCUUCUUUCAAGCGGUGUGCUUAAGACUUAUCAGUCAGCUGCUGAUAAAGGUUUGACCAUUUUUGCACCAAACGACGAAGCUUUUAAGGCUGCUGGAGUUCCUGAUCUAAGCAAGCUUUCGAAUGCUGAGCUUGUUUCUCUUCUGGAGUAUCAUGCCUCCGUUGGAUACAGUCCUAAAGGAGCUCUGAAGACUAGUAAAGAUCCAAUCUCAACUCUGGCCACUAACGGCGCUAACAAGUACGAUCUCACGGUUUCUAGUGCUGGUGAUGACGUCACUCUCCAUACCGGUGUUGACUCAUCGAGAGUCGCUGAAACAGUUCUUGACUCGACGCCUCUUGUGAUUUUCACUGUUGAUAAUGUGCUUCUCCCGACGGAAUUGUUUGGAAAAUCUCCAUCUCCUGCUCCGGCUCCUGAGCCGGUGGCUGCACCGUCUCCUUCUCCGGCUACUACUCCAAGUCCAGCUCCUGCUAGCGUCGAGGCACCAUCGCCAUUGGCUGCUUCUCCCCCUGCGCCGCCGAUGGGGACUCCUGAAGGAGCUCCUUCUGAUGCGCCGGCGGGAUCAGAGAAUAGUACAGCGGAUAAUGCUGCUUUUCACGCGGCUGCACCUGCAUUGUUCACAUUACUGGUCGCUAUUUCUGCCUCUGUACUCGGUUCGAUUCUCAUGGCCUGAAUCGUAAUUAUCUAGCUGUCAAUUUAUUUACCGUAUUUUUUUUUUUUUUUUGGAUAUUGAGUUGUUAUUUACUUUUAUUUUAGUUGUUAAGAGAGCUUUUUAUUUUUUGAAUUUUUUUUAAUUUAUUAUGAUUUUCAUUUAUGGAUCUGAUGGGGAUGAAGUGAAGUGAGCUGGCUGCGCAUUUUAGCAGCGAUAGUGUUGUUUUUAUUAGAGACGAUUGUUAUCGGGUGCUACGCUUUCCAUUAUUUUAAUGUUAGAUCUGUCGGUUUCUGUGACUA